GGGUUGAGAUAUUGCAAUGGGCGAUGCAUGUGAUUCAACAGAAACGCUCUCUUGUCCUUUAUCUUGUCGGAAGUCAGUAAAUCUAGGACUUCUCGAACAGUUCCCGAACAGGAUAUAUAGGACCAAAUCAAUGGCGGAUAUGCAGCUUGUUCCGGCAGGUUCAUUCAAGCUGAAGAACGUGGAGGCACAGUACGUAGAGAUGAUGGUGCCACUCUACUCCUAUGGGUGUGAGAAGAAGAUCAAGAAGACCUUAUCCCAUCUCAAGGGGAUUUACUCGGUGACGGUGGACUAUAGGCAGCAGAAGGUGACCGUCUGGGGGAUAUGCAACAAAUACGAUGUGCUAGAGACGGUGCGGAGCAAGAGGAAAGAGGCUCGGUUCUGGAAUCCCGAAGACAACGUCGUGCCCCAGAGCGAAGAAGCUGAGUUAGCCCCGCCUGAUGAUCCUAACCAUAAGCCAGCUUCUAACUUGGUACUGCUGAGCAAGGCAGGACGAUCUCUGAGCUGGAAGGCAUGGAAGAAGCUGGUCUUCACCAGAUCCAACUCCUUUUAAUUUAAGAUCAAUUGGUCCAUUCGAAUGGAUAAGACUACUUUGAUUUAAAAUUUAAACUACAGAAAAUACGGAGGGAAAUUAAAUUUCCUUCUUAGUUGAUGCUAAAUUAAAUGGAACCAAUUCUUGUAAAUAUCUGACUUAAUCAAAAUUAUAACUGCAGAAGAGCCA